CCGGCGGUGGCGUUCCCGUCCCGGCAGACGUGGCCUUCCGGUUCUGGAACCCGAGCAGAGUCGCUGACUGCCGGCAAGAUGGAGCUGGAGGCCAUGAGCAGGUACACAAGCCCGGUGAACCCGGCCGUCUUCCCCCACCUCACCGUAGUCUUGUUGGCCAUCGGCAUGUUCUUCACUGCCUGGUUCUUCGUCUAUGAGGUCACCUCCACCAAGUACACCCGGGACAUCUACAAAGAGCUGCUCAUCUCCCUGGUGGCCUCCCUCUUCAUGGGCUUCGGGGUCCUCUUCCUGCUGCUCUGGGUGGGCAUAUACGUGUGAGGGCCCAGGCUCCCUCCGUUCGGUGUCCCUGCCAUCCCACCUUUUUUCCCCUCCGAAGAGUUUUUGUACUGUUGCUAAACACAAAUUUCCACUGACUUCUAAUAAAUGCAGAUGAAUUUGCCUUUGUAAAUAAA